AUGAAUGAGGAAGAUAUAAGCACAGAUGAGAAUAUAAGUGAACAAAUCAAUAAACCGAAAAAUGAGGAACCUGUUAUUAAUAAAACCAGCAAAAACGCACAACAGGAAGAACAAGAGGAGGAAAUAGAUGAUCCAUAAAUGAACAUAGGGCUCCAACUAAUGAAACAAGUAUACAGGCAAUUAUACCAGACUAUCCAGUUACAAUUGAUCAACAGAAUAUAUCCACAGGAAAAGAAAUAUACAGUAUUGCACCUGGAGAAAAUAAACAUCCAGUAUCAUUAAUGAAGGACAAAACGUGUGAGGAAUUAGCAUUCCCUGUUCUAUUCCCAAAAGGCAGAUAUGGUUACACUACAGAAAGAAAGAAUCAGUUAACUCUAACUAAAUACUUCAAUGCAAGGUUACUUCAUCAUAGUGGAAGAUUUGCAAGUAACCCAGAAUAUUUGUUUUUUGCACAGUUUAUAAUUGAA